AUGCGAGGACGGCUCAACGCAGCGCCAGUACUAGGGUUAGAGAAGCAGCCAAUCAUAUUGGACGGGAGGCAUCAAAUAAUUAGAUUAUUAAUUGAACGCGCGCAUAAGGAAGCUGGACAUGCAAAUAAUGAACGAGUUGUGAAUGAUCUACGACAGCUCUACUGGAUCAUUCACCUACGGCCAACGGUGCGCAUGGUGGCUGGCAAGUGCCGCCUAUGCGUGUUAAGGAGAGCGCAACCAAAGGUGCCAGCAAUGGGAGACUUACCGCUGGCUAGAAUCCAGCCGUACAAGAGGCCAUUCACGAACACGGCAGUGGAUUUAUUUGGACCAUUAACAGUGACCAUCGGACGAAGGCAUGAAAAAAGAUGGGUUGCAUUGUUUACAUGCUUAACAACGCGAGCCAUACAUCUGGAGAUCGUCCAUAGUCUCUCAACGGACUCGGCGAUAAUGGCUCUCAGGCGACUAGCGGCACGACGAGGAUGGCCCGCAGUCAUUUACAGGGACAAUGCAACGAACUUCAGGGGAGCGGACGUCGAACUACGCAACGCCUACAAGGAGUGGUUACCAGCACUUCGAGAGUUCGGCGUACAACACAACGUCACAUGGAAGUUUAUUCCACCCGGUGCACCUAACCAAGGCGGAGCUUGGGAAAGAUUAGUACGCUCCGUAAAGAACGCCCUAACAGCAACAUUACACACAAAGGCACCCAAAGAAGAGUUGUUGCUGACCGUACUGGCAGAGGCAGAAAAUACUGUCAACGCACGGCCACUGACCCAUGUUUCAGUGGACCCGAGGGAUGAGGAAGCGUUGACACCGGCUCAUUUUCUCCUGGGAGGCUCAACGGGAGCUCCAUCGACCGGACCGUGCGAGGAAGCGGAUCGCAGGACUUGGCGGGCCAGCCAAGCUUUGGCCGACCACUUCUGGCGAAGAUGGAUACGGGAGUACCUGCCAACACUCGCACCGCGCCAAUCAUCAAAUAACAGGGUCAGGCCAAUCCAGAAGGGCGACUAUGUAAUAAUAGUGGACGGAAACCUGCCGCGCAAUGUGUGGCCACGCGGCAUCGUCACCCGGGUGUACCCAGGACCGGAUGGUGGAAUACGAUCGGCUGACGUUCAGACCCGAGGAGGCGUGUUCCGGAGGCCCGUCACAAAGUUGGCUGUCCUACCGUUGCAACAGGAGCAGUCGCAGGAGCCACUUGGAGAGCUGAGAAGAAUGGAAAUAUUAGACGCGAACCACAACGAUAUUCAGGAGUUGCCUGACUUCUACGGGUGUACAGCUUUAAAAGAGAUCUAUUUGGCUAAUAACUACAUUAAGGUAAUUUCCAUGACACCAAUUUGA